AUGGAACAAACGGACCUAGCUCUAAAGCCAGCAGCAGAUAUACAGAGGGUGAGAUUGGCGGCACACAGCACCUGCUGUAAGGUAACCAUCGUGACUGUACUCGUGGGUGGCUUUGUUCUCCUUUCCCUGGGCAUUCUAAUGGCUUAUUGCUCUGCACAAGAGCUCAGCUUUGAGCACACCGUGGAACUGAGAGGAAUUGCAUAUGACAGCAGUUUACAAAGGGAGAACUCGGACUACUCCAGGACGUUGACCCCCACUCUGGAAAGGCUGUUUCUAACCAGCUUCCAGGGCUCUCCGCUGGAAGGGAGCUGUGUUGGCUGCGCUGUCCUGGAGUACAGGAAUGGGAACUCCAGUGUGAUUGUCCAUUUCCGGCUGCACUUCAGCCCUCAGGCUCCCUGGCCUUUAAGCUCCAGUGUGGAGGAAGAGGCCCUCAGAUAUGGGCUGGCUGCAGCACUGAGGGAGCAGGGCAUCCCGCUGGCCACCUAUGGGACCAUCGCCUCGGCCUCUCUCACAGGGCCAAGCGGGGCGUCUCUGUAUGGAAUCGGAUUGAAAUCAGGCAGUUGCCAUGGAAAUGUAUUUGCUUGUCAGAAUAGCCAGUGUGUGUGGAAAGAGAAUCCUGAGUGUGACGGCCGAGCCGACUGCUCCGAUGGCUCUGAUGAGGCAGGCUGUGACUGUGGGAGCCGCCCCACCAUGCAGACAGCCCACAGAAUUGUGGGUGGCACCGAGGCCUCCAGAGGGGAGUUCCCGUGGCAAGUCAGCCUGAGGGAGAACAACGAACACUUCUGUGGUGCAACUAUCCUCACUGAGAAGUGGCUGGUGUCUGCAGCUCACUGCUUCAAUGAGUUUCAGGACCCAGCAGUCUGGGCCGCCUACAUGGGAACCAUCUCCCUCAGUGGCUCAGACAGCAGCACCGUGAAAGCCGGCGUGGGCCGCAUCAUCCCACACCCCUCCUACAACACCGACACCGCGGAUUUCGACGUGGCUGUGCUGGAGCUCGACAGCCCCGUGCCCUUUAACAAGUAUAUCCAGCCUGCGUGCUUGCCAGGCCCUGGGCACCGCUUCCCGGCCGGCAGGAAGUGCCUCAUCUCUGGCUGGGGCUAUCUCAAGGAAGACUUCUUGGUGAAACCAGAGACCUUGCAGAAGGCGACAGUGGAGCUGCUGGACCAGGCCCUGUGCGCCAGCCUGUACAGCCACACUCUCACUGACAGGAUGAUGUGCGCCGGCUACCUGGAGGGGAAGAUCGACUCCUGCCAGGGUGACUCUGGUGGCCCCUUGGUUUGUGAAGAGCCAUCUGGCAAGUUUUUCCUGGCCGGUAUCGUGAGCUGGGGAAUUGGCUGUGCUGAAGCCAAGCGGCCUGGAGUCUACGCCCGAGUGACCCAACUCCGAGACUGGAUCCUUGAUGCUAUCUCCACCUUCCCCAUACCCACAGCCCUCACUGUCCCAACUACACUUCAUAGCACAAACGGCAAUGCUGCCACCAUGGAAGGGAUCAGCAACAGCACCACGAGCAAACACAGACCUGUGUCCACCACCUUAUCAGUGCCUGCUGCCAGCAAGCCAGCUACUGCUUCCCGUCCACAAGAGUGCGGAGGGCGACCUGGGCUUUCAAAACCCAGCAAGAUCGUGGGAGGUAUCGAGGCUUCCAAAGGAGAAAUCCCCUGGCAGGUCAGCCUGAAGGAGGGGUCGAGGCACUUCUGUGGGGCCACUGUCAUUGGGGAGCGCUGGUUGCUGUCGGCAGCUCACUGCUUCAAUCAGACAAAGCUGGAAUAUCUGAAAGCCUACCUAGGUACCACAUCCUUAACUGGCGCAGACGGCAACGCGGUGAAAGUCAGUAUAAAGAAAGUGGUGCAGCAUCCCUCCUACAACCCCAUCAUCCUGGACUUUGAUGUGGCUGUGCUAGAACUGGCCAGCCCCCUUCAUUUCAACAAGUUCAUCCAACCCGUGUGCCUCCCGUUAGCUGUGCAGAAGUUUCCCGUUGGCAAAAAGUGCAUGAUUUCUGGAUGGGGAAACGUCAGAGAAGGCAACAUCACAAAGCCUGAGAGCCUGCAGAAAGCUUCUGUCGGCAUCAUUGACCAGAAGACCUGCAAUGUUCUCUACAACUUCUCCCUCACUGACCGGAUGAUUUGUGCAGGCUUCCUGGAGGGGAGGGUUGACUCGUGCCAGGGGGACUCGGGUGGACCGCUGGCCUGUGAGGAGACCCCAGGCCUGUUCUACCUGGCCGGUGUUGUAAGCUGGGGGAUUGGCUGUGCUCAGGCUAAGAGGCCGGGGGUGUACUCCAGAAUAACCAAACUCAAGGACUGGAUCCUAGAUGCCAUCUCAUCCAAGCCCAACCUCAGCUCUGGAGCAGGCACCUCACCCAGCACGGCAACUGCCAGGACCUCCACCACAAGCAGCUCCCCAGCCCAGCCCAGCAGCAAUGAGGCAACCACCAGCCCAGCCAGCCAAAUUACCACCAAGCCAGCUGCUACCCCCAGGAAAACCACCACUGCUGCUCCAAAGACCACAGGGGCUGCCAGGCCCAGCCAGCUCCCAGUGGUGCCCUGUACCAGCUUCACCUUCAAGUGCUCCAGCAAGAUCUGCAUUGGGAAAGCGAACCCGGAGUGCGACGGUGUCACUGACUGCAGCAACGGCUUUGACGAGCGCAACUGCAAUUGCGGCAAGACCCCUGCCAUGGCCUUCAGCAAGAUCGUGGGUGGCAGCGGAGCGGCCCGGGGCGAGUGGCCCUGGCAGGUCAGCCUCUGGCUGCGGCGGAAGGAGCACAAGUGUGGGGCCGUCCUCAUUGCUGACAAAUGGCUGCUCUCAGCAGCUCACUGCUUCGAUGUCUACAGUGACCCCAAGAUGUGGGUGGCCGUUCUGGGGACGCCCUUCCUGAGUGGCACGGACGGGAGGGUGGAGAAAAUCUUCCGCAUCUACAAGCACCCAUUCUACAAUGUCUACACACUGGACUAUGACGUGGCGCUGCUGGAGCUGGCCACAGCUGUGCGGUUCACCAGCACCAUCAAGCCCAUCUGCCUCCCGGACAAUUCCCACGUCUUCAGGGAAGGGGCCCGCUGUUUCAUCACAGGCUGGGGUGCCACCAAGGAAGGAGGCCUCAUGUCCAAGCACCUGCAAAAGGCUGCAGUAAAUAUAAUUGGCGACCAGGCCUGCAAGAAAUUCUACCCCAUCCAGAUCAGCAGCAGGAUGGUGUGUGCCGGCUUCCCGCAGGGCACCAUCGACAGCUGCUCGGGCGAUGCAGGUGGCCCCUUGGCCUGCAAGGAACCCUCAGGGCGGUGGUUUCUAGCUGGAAUCACAAGCUGGGGCUAUGGCUGUGCAAGGCCUUACUUCCCUGGCGUUUACACCAAAGUCACCGCCGUCCGGGGCUGGAUCGGGCAGAACCUCAAGCUGUGA